GGCGGCGGCGGGCGGCGGACAGGAGCUGUCCGCGGUGCUGAAGCGGCGGCGGCGUCAGGACGCGGGGCCAGGAGCCGGGGAGCCCUUCUGGGAGCUCUACCGCGGCCGCGAGGCGGGGGCGCCGUUGCUCGCCGGCCGAUGCCAGGUCCCCGAGCCCCGCGGAGGAGGCGGGACCGUCCGCAGCGGGACAGGCUCUGCGAGGGCUGUGAGGCUGGCCCGGUGUCCCCUGCCUGGCAAUUGCCCGCAGAACUAUGGAGAGCCUGAGUGAACUACAGAACCCACUGCUGCCUGGGAGCCCCGCCCACCUCCGCAGCCCCGCCCACCUCCGCAGCCCCUAUCCCUACGCAGAGGCCCCGCCCAGCUGGUCCUACCAGGAGAAGCUCUACUCCUACCUCCUGGGUGGUGCUGGCCCUGCUCACACCCACCAACUCCUGGACCCAGGGUCCCUGCAGCUGGCUGUGGAGGCCUGGUAUCGGCCCAGCUGCCUCUUGGGAAGGGACAAGGUCAAGGAGCCCCGGGCAGGCAGCUGUGAGACCAGCUUCACAGAGGCCAAGGAGCCCCAGGCAGGGCCCACAGAGCAGUGCACGGAACCUGGCCAAGCUGAAGAGGAUGUCACUAUCCAUACUGUGUCCUACGGGGUUCAAGAGGAGCUGCAGGGCCAGGAGGACAGCCAGGAGGAGGAGGAGAGUGAGGCAACCUCCACAGAGAGUGAAAGUGAAGACAACUUCCUCACGCUGCCUCCCAGGGACCACCUGGGUCUUACUCUCUUCUCCAUGCUCUGCUGUUUUUGGCCACUGGGCAUCGCUGCCUUCUAUUUCUCCCAGGGGACCACCAAGGCCAUCUCCAAAGGGGACUUCCGCCUGGCCAGCACCACCUCCCGCCGGGCCCUUUUCCUGGCCACACUCUCCAUCGCAGUGGGGGCUGGCCUCUAUGUGGCUGUGGUGGUAGCUCUGGCAGCUUACAUGUCCCAGAAUGGCCAUGGCUAGUGGCCAGUAGAACCUGCAUCCUGAUUCCCCUGGUCUACCUGAGGAAGCUGCGGGGCUUGGGGCUGCAGACUACCGAGAGUCCUGGCCCCCAGAACCGUGAACGUGGCGUGC